AACAAUAAUUGCGCAUCUCUAAUUUAGACCCUGGACUUGUAUAUUUCAUUACUAGUUUUUGUUGAAUUUUUCAAAAUUUUUCGUAACAUGGAUGAGUCGGAACUGCUCUUCAAUUUGUUCUACUUCCUAUUGUGCAUGUGCGUCAUUUAUCCGCCCGAGGAGUUUCAACGCUUGGGCUUUACUAUUGAGCAGGUGUUCUCUUCCUUCCUGGGAGAGGAAUAUCAAGAUUUUGUUGGCUACCAUCUGCGCCGCACAUCUCUGAAUCUCUUUGUGCAUAGCUGCCUGCCUGUCACAUAUUUUCUAAUACACAGACUGAAGUUUUCAGUUUUCGCCACACAACAACCGCUUGAAGAUAAUGAGCUUGACCCGGAUUUUCCUAUGCCACAGGAGGCUGUGGCCUUCAAAACGCUCACCUGGAAAAUGGCGCAACGCUUCAGUGUACUGGCUAUGCUAGCUGUCCCGGCUUUGAUAUUUAAGUGGCAUCAGCAAAACUGGCGUCGACAUCCGAUAAACAAAACCCUGGCAAAAUACUCAAAUACCCCGGGCAAUUACAGCGCCGUUGCAAGCGACAUUAACACCGAAUUUCGCCGUCAAGACAUCUACAAAAAGAAACUCAACUCUAUUAGCACGGUGAUUGCCACGGAAAACUGGAUCAUUAAAACGACCAUGUACAACGUUAACUUUGCGCACCAAGCCAACACUUCUCUCAGCGUUGCCAAGGCGGAGACUUACAAUAUAUCGCAUCACGAUCAGAACGACACCUUGCAAAUGAUAAGCAUAGUUGUUCAACCGAUGCGUCAAGGUGUUUCUGAUUUUAACAUUCGCAUAAAUGCCUUAGAGUUUCGUAGCUUGGAGGAUCGUCUUCGACGGCCAAUUACCAUACCAUCCAAUAUACAAUUUCAUCGCAGCGUCAUCGAUCGAUUUGUGGACGUAUUCAAAGCGCAGGUAGCUCUCAACCCUAUCUUCAGCUCGGAACCCAUUACAGACAAGUGCUUUGCAUGCAUGCUGGCGGAGCCGAAUAUUAAGAUAAACAAGCAAUGCUCCGAUUUGAAUCGGGCUGGCGCUCCUCUAACAGAUGAGGCACGCUGCUCCAAUUGCUAUUGUCGGCCGAUGUGGUGUGUGGAGUGCUUGGCGCGCUGGUUUGCCGCCCGUCAAAGCGACAUCGACCGUGAAGUGUGGCUGGAGCAGAAGUGCACCUGUCCCAUGUGUCGGGCCAAGUUUUGUGUGCUCGAUGUCAGCUAUAUUCGACCGACGGCGACAACCAGUGCUGACGAGGACGCCUCAUGAUUUCGCUAAUAAGAGUAAACGGCUAAACAAUAAUCUUAUGCUUAUCGAUACGUUUUCAGCACUGAAUUUUUAUUAAAAUUAAGACAAAUAUA